UCCUGGAUGGCAGCAGAGUGCUAAUCCAACCUUCAUCCUGGAUUUCAUAAACUGAAACAACGGAGGCUGGCAGGAGCAGCGCUGCCGGAUUGAGGAAGCUGACGACGGUGCAGCAUGUGGGCAACACACUGUAUAAAGCUCAUAAACUUGUAGGCUGAUGUGUGCAGCUACCACUUUGGAUUCUGUACUGCUGUUUCCCUCGGCACAAGGCACCAGCAGGCUGAGCAUUAAAGCCUGCUCUUUGGGACGGAGCAUUUACCCUUGCAAGACAUGAAGGGCUUCCUGUUUCUCACACUCCUCCUGAUGCCCGUGCACGCUGGAACUGCUUGGAGUGCGAAAUACGCAGUAGAUUGUCCCGAGCCCUGUGACAGUAACGCAUGCAAAAGUACCUUGCGCUGUAAGCGAACAGUGCUGGAUGACUGUGGCUGUUGCAGAGUGUGUGCAGCUGCUCUGGGGGAGACUUGCUAUCGUACGGUCUCGGGUAUGGAUGGUGUCAAGUGUGGUCCUGGGCUGAAGUGCCAGUUUUACACUGAGGAGGAUGACUUUGGUGAUGAAUUUGGUAUCUGCAAAGAAUGUCCCUAUGGUACCUAUGGAAUGGAAUGCAGGAAAACCUGCAACUGUCCCUCUGGCAUCUGUGACAGAGUAACCGGCAAGUGUUUGAAGUUCCCAUUUUUUCAACUGUCUGCUUCAAAGCCUCCAAAUCGACGAAAAAUAGUUUCACACACAGAGAAUGACAUGGCAUCAGGGGAUGGCAAUUCUGUAAAAGAGGAACUUGUUAAGGAAAAAGCUAUUCGCUCUCCGGUAAUGAAAUGGCUAAAUCCUCGCUGAUACUUAAUUACACUUAUAAGACUUUCAAGUGAAUGCAUUUGUCACAGAUUAUUGAAUAUGCAACAACACACUUUAAGAACAAAAGUAGAUCUGUAACAUAUGAAAAUGUAACCUCUGAAGGCCAAUUGUGAUUCUGUUUUUCAUGAGCAAAAUGUUUACUGAAAAAUAGACUGUACAGUGUUUAUGAUUUUUGAUACUUGUUUUGAUAAGUAUUUGAGCAGAGAAAUGUAUUGUGGAUUCCUGAAUGUAUGGUAAUAUUAGAAAACCAAUAUGAUUCAGCCCUCCUCAUUUAAAUAAUGCCAGAGGCUGACUCUUGCAGCCUGAGGCUGGGAAAGCUCUCACUGAAUUCAGUGUACAGUUUGGGUGAGUGAAACUACUGGUGUGGAGCCAACAUGAAAGAAACGCACAGCAACAAAUCCCAGGAUAGAAAGCAAUAAUCCUGAAUUGCAAAAAGAAGAAUAAUGUAGGAGCACAACAGUGUGAAUUAAAUAAGCCAAUUUUAGUUAUUAGUAACUUUCUGUUUUUUGGAAGUUUGGUGACCAUUCUUCAGAGAUAAAUACACCUUUCUUCAGUGAGAAAACACCCAGCUUUUCAGUUUAUAUAUUGUGAAUAACUUAGCCAAGACACUGCAGACAUCAUAUAUGGUAAUGAAGUAGACUUCAAAAGUUAAAUACCGUACAAAGAAACAGCAGCUUAUGAAACUGUACAGACUUGUAGAGGGUGACCUGAAAUGAAAGCUGCCUAGCAUUAUUUAAAUAUAUGUUUCCAUAAAGCAGCUACUUUGGUGCCAUUAAGGUGAUGUCUGCAUUUCUUGGAGAAGAGGGGAUAAAAAGUCAGAGGCCAGCAAACAGACCUUUGUACUUUCCAUUUUCUUUGCUAGCUGCAGCCCAGCUGUGACUCACAGGGAGUUUAUCUGGCCCACUGUAGGGAAGACUUGGACCCUCAGUGAGUGGUAGUGCAGCCGCAGCCUACAGUAUGUUGGUACCCAGUCCUUUGCUUCUUACUGCACAAGCAAGAAGUCCCAUUAGAGCUAGGAGAAUAACUUAUAUACAUUACAGUGGCAGUCCCUCAUUCAGUCCAGACUGGAUGGUAUACUCGUAACAUAAAAAUCUGCACUGAGAUGGAUUUGCCAAUAUGUCUGGAAACAACUGGAUCCUCAGAUAAUGGAAAUUGAUGUAGCUGUGUCAGGGUGAACCUGGAUCGCAUCUGUUUAGGAACUGCCUCGUAAUGCAGAGCACUCUCAUUGCAAAUGUGGUUUGAAUUUAGUAUUUCCUUUGAAAUCAAUGUGAGCUUUGACAGUGACUUCAGUGAAAGAAGGAGCACACAGUGUUGCAGCCAAAGUGUGCAGGAUCUGAAAGCGUACUUUAAAAACUACAAACAACAGAAACUCCAACACCUUUACGAAGUCCAAAUCGUGAUCCAAAGCCAGCGUUGGUGGAAGCAGGUUGCUGUCACCUGGGAAACUAGCACUGAAUCAUGCUGCUCUAGAACAAGAGGAUGAUGAUAGCAGUAGACAUACAAAUGUCAGUAUGACAGGGCAGGCUCUCUUGAUACGAUAAUUGGAGACAAGUAAACAUGAAUCUCAAACUAGCAUAUACCACAUUUUAACCUGUAUUUGAAUGUUUGGGUCUGAGAGGCAGUAAUAUUAUCUUGGGAUAUUUACAAGCAAGCAUACUGAUUCUCAUCUACUGACAUCAAAAGUGAUUUUUUUCUUGAUUUCAGUGAGAGCAGGAUCAAACCCAUGGUCCUUCAGCAGACUGAAGAGAAUUAUUUAAAGAAUGUAGUAAAUAUUUACAUACAUUAUUACUAUUCUGCAAUAAGUGUCAUAAAUGACAUGACGAGUUCUUGAAUGUAAAUCUAAUAAGCUGGUUGGUUUUAAAAAGUAUAUGAUUAUUAUUAUUCAAUAAAAACACAACUGAAAGUA